AUGGCCGAGGGAAAACGAGCAAAGACCUACCAUUUUCACCCUGAAUGGGAGGAAGAUUAUUUUUUUGUUUAUUCUCAUUUAAAGCCUGUUUGUUUGAUCUGCAAUGCAACGGUGGCAUUGGCAAAGAAAGGAAAUCUGGAGCGGCAUUUUAAAUCAGUACACGGGAGCUACGAGAGGGAUUUCCCUGCAAAAACACCUCUACGUGCCACAAAAGUGCGGGAGUUAAAAGCACAGCUUGCAGCGCGGCAGUCAAUCUUCACCAAACCGAAGACCCAGAGUAAGGCCGCAACUAUCGCUUCCUAUCGCGUCAGUCACGUCCUUGCUAAAUACAAGAAGCCUUUCAGUGACGGCGAUAUGGUGAAGGAAGCCUUUCUCGAGGCAGCCGAUAGCCUUUUUGACGGCUUUAAAAAUAAAACAGAGAUCGUGAAGGCCAUUAAAGAUGUGCAACUCUCCCGCAAUACUACAACAAAGCGAUUUGAGAGAAUGGCUGUGGAUGUGGAUGAGCAACUGAAGAAGGAUAUUGACGCGUGUGAGUGCUUUUCCCUCCAAUUUGACGAGUCGACUGAUAUGGUGGAUGUGGCACAAUUGUGUGUUUUCAUAAGGAUGGUUUUUGUAGACAUGAGCGCAAAGGAAGAGCUACUCACAAUUUUGCCAUUAAAAGGACACACCAGAGGUGAGGAUAUUUUUAAUGCUUUUAUGGGAUUUGUUAGCGAGACUAAACUGCCGCUCUUUAAGCUGAUCUCCAUCACAACUGAUGGGGCACCUGCAAUGAUGGGCCGCACCAGUGGGUUCAUUGCACUGUGCAAAGAAAGUGAAUCUUUCCCAGAUAUCCUGAAUUAUCAUUGUAUAAUUCACCAGCAAGCGUUGUGUGGAAAGAUUUUAAAUAUGAAAGAAGUGAUGGAUAUUGCGAUGAAGAUUGUGUGUUCAGUUCGGGCCAGGAGUCUGCAGAGAAGGCUUUUCCGUGCUCACUUGGAGGAGAAUGAUGCUGAGCACACAGACCUUCUGCUUCACACGGAUGUUAGGUGGUUAAGCAGAGGUAAAUUUUUAGCCAGAUUCACAGAGUUAUUGCCUGAAAUCAAAGACUUUCUGAAGCUUUCAAAACAUGUGGAUUACCAUACAAAGCUAGAGGACCACGAGUGGCUUUUAGAUUUAUCUUUCCUCACUGAUCUCACUGGCGAGCUCAAUGAUUUGAAUUUAGAGCUGCAGGGAAAGGAUAAAGAUGUAGUCAACAUGAUGAGUUCAGUGAAUACAUUUAAAAGCAAGCUACAGCUGAUGUCAAGCAGGCUGCAGCGUGGUAACCUGCGCAACUUUCCCCACAUGCAAGCAGAACUACAACGUCAAGGUAAAGGUGUGACACAGCUUAACAGUGCACGUUAUGAGGAGCAUGUUCAGAGCAUCUUGGCAGAGUUUGAGAGGCGUUUUACUGACUUUGCAUCCAUCGAGCCUGUAGCCAGCUAUAUGUGUUAUCCAUUUGGUGCAAAUAUUGAUGUUGGUGACAUUGCUGCCAAAAUUAAAUCACUUUUCGACUUGAAAAGCUCAGAUCUUGAGGAUGAGAUUCUGACAUUGCAAAAUGACAUUGAAAUCAAAGCCAGAUCAACAUCCGCUCAACCUGGAGAGCAUGUAGUGUUCUGGAAUCUACUGGCGGAGGAGAAGUAUCCCAAUCUUAGAAGAUGUGCCUUGAACCUGACAGCUCUUUUUGGAUCGACUUAUUUGUGCGAGUCUGCUUUCUCACACAUGAAAAUCAUCAAGUCUAAGUACAGAUCAACAAUGACUGAUGACCACCUUGCAGCCUGCCUACGCCUUGCAACCAGCUCCUACACUCCUGACUACGAUAAGCUAUCCUCCUCCUCCCAGUGCCAGGUCUCCCACUAA